AUGACUGUUACAUUAGAUAACUUUAAUGAUCAAAAAAUAUAUAGUUUUCAAAAUAAAAGAAAAUAUAACUGCUGCUUGAAUUUUACAAGAUUCACAAAAAGAAGGAAUAAGAAUAACGAUAAUUAUAGGGAUAGUAAAAUAAAUAUUAAAACAGCGUUAAUCAAAAACGAAGUAAUUGAUGAUGACAAUGAGGAGUUUAAUGAUAAUAAUUUAAUGAGAACUUGUCACAGAUUUAAGUUAUAUAAGCAUAGUAGUAAUAAAAUAGAAAUAUAUUACCCAUAUGAUAAAAAAAAAUUAGAUAAGUAUGAUUACGAAAGGGAUCAAACGUUCUGCUCCCUUACAGACUUGGAGGAUAUGAAUAAUGAAGAUAAAAGAAGUAAAUUUUUUUAUUAUAAAAACAAAAGUAUAAAUGAUUAUAAAUCAUGCUUUGAAAAGAAAAAUAAAAAAACAAAAUGGUUUAGAUUAAGGGAAAAAAAAAAGAAAGAUUAUAUAAUGGAAGAAAGUCUGAAAUAUCUAAAUGAGUCCGUGUGCUCGAAUUAUAAAGAUGCAAAUAAAAAUAAUAACAUAGAUGGUCCUUCCAAGUAUACUAAAAAUUGUGUCUUAAACUCUACUGUUAAUGGAAUAAGAGGUUUUUCAGCAUGGAUAUUUUGA